AUGGCUCCUCUACCAGGUGAGACGGCCAUCUCGGCAAAGCGAGCUGAGCUCGCUGGUAAGACUGGUAUCUGGGGAUUGCUCAGCAAUAAGAAGACCUCGUUGAUUGGACUUUUUGCUUCGCUUGGUGGUCUUGUGUAUGGAUACAAUCAGGGAAUGUUCGCCCAGGUCUUGACAAUGAAGUCGUUCCAGGAUGCCACAAAUGGAUAUGCCGCCACAACGAGUAUUCAACAGGGAAUGUUGACGUCGGUUCUUGAGCUGGGUGCUUGGGUCGGAACGCUCAUCAACGGAUACCUCGCUGAUAGACUUGGUCGACGUGUGACGGUUUUGGUUGCUGUGGUUGUUUUCUGUGUUGGUGUGAUUGUUCAAGCUUGCACUCAGAAUAAGGACUAUGUCUUCGGGGGUCGAUUUGUUACUGGUCUCGGUGUCGGUAGUUUGAGUAUGGUUGUUCCGCUGUACAAUGCUGAGUUGGCACCACCUGAGAUUCGUGGAUCUCUUGUCGCGGUUCAGCAAUUGGCAAUUACGUUUGGUAUCAUGGUCUCAUUUUGGAUCGGUUAUGGAACCAACUAUAUUGGUGGAACAGGGGAUGGGCAGUCAAAGGCAUCCUGGCUUAUUCCCAUCUGCAUUCAAAUCCUGCCCGCCGUCGUCCUCGCAGCGGGUAUGAUGCUGUUCAUGCCGCAAUCUCCACGUCACCUUAUGAACACUGGCCGGGAAGAGGAGUGCUUACAGACUCUGGCCCGCCUGCGAGGAGCCGGCACCGAUGACCUCUUGGUCCGGAUUGAGUUCUUGGAAAUUAAGAGUUUGCAUUUGUUCGAGGUUGAGACCGCUGCUGAGAAGUAUCCACACUUGCAGGAUGGAUCAUUCAGCAGUAACUUUAAGAUGGGCUUGAAUGACUACAUCUCGCUGGUCACUAACAAGUCUCUCUUUAAGAGAACGGCUACUGCAUGCAUGAUCAUGGUUUUCCAGCAAUGGAAUGGAAUUAACGCUAUCAACUACUAUGCAGUAAAUACUAGUCCUUAUAUUUUCCAAGAGAUGCAACUUCCCGGAAAUACCACAACGCUUCUCGCUACCGGUGUGGUCGGUAUUGUCGAGUUCCUCUUCACUAUCCCUGCGGUGCUGUGGGUUGAUCAGAUUGGUCGAAAGAAGAUCUUGAUUUCUGGCGCAGCUGGCAUGGCCAUUUGCCAUUUCAUCGUCGCUGGUAUCAUUGGUUCUUAUCAGCACUCAUUCGGAGAGCACCGCGCUGCUGGUUGGGCAGCCAUUGUAUUUGUGUGGAUCUUUGUGAUCAACUUCGCCUAUUCUUGGGGUCCGGUCGCAUGGAUUGUCACAUCCGAGGUUUUCCCAUUGAGCAUGCGAGCUAAGGGUGUCAGUAUUGGUGGUAGCAGCAACUGGCUGAACAAUUUUGCGGUCGCUACUGCUACAUCUCCCUUCGUCAGCGCCUCCACCUUGGGCACAUUUAUCUUCUUCGGGUGUGUGACCACGGUCGGUAUCGCCUAUGUGUGGUUCUUUGUUCCUGAGACUAUGGGCCGAACUCUGGAGGAGAUGGAUGAGAUUUUCGGAUCGACUGGUCUCGCAGCCUCUGAUGCUGAGCGCAAGCAUCGUAUUGAGAGUGAAAUUGGUCUCCUUGCCCUUGUGGGCGUCGAGUCCGCCGACAUGGUGAAGGAGAAGGAGCUGGAUGCCUCCCAUGAUGAGAAGAUUGUAGAGAGUAGCGAAGCGCCGCUUGAGUCGCACACCGAGACUCACGCAGAAACAUUUGUCGAAAGCACCAGUCAGUAG